AGGCCGCAGCAGGAGGAUUCUCAGCCGCCCGACGGGUGCGACGCUGACAAGGAUUGCGAGUGGGCGGGGUGGCGGCGGGCGCCCGCCUGGCGGCGCCACUCUGCAGCGGAAGCUACUGAGGCGCGCGUGCAGGCCGCGACCGUUGGGCUCCAGCCCUCGGUAGUCGCGCUACCGGGGCACCUGCGGGCGUCUUAUGCCGGCUGCGAGCUCGACGCCGACGCGCGCAGCGGCGGCGCGAGCCGCGGGCUGGAGUGGGCGCAGGAGCGGGCGCGGGCCAGGGCGCGCUCGCGAUCGACCUCGCCCCUGCUCAUGCGCGGCGGCGGCGGGGCCGGCGUCCUGUCCGGCGCCGUCACCGCCUCGGCUUCCCUUGAGGGAGCACUGGGUCGGGGUUCUGCUGCUGGCGGUGGCGCCCGGGGCAAGGCGCGGGGCACGUCGGCGGCGGGCGGAGGGGGCAGCAUUCUGAUGAGGCUCCAGGCGCUGCGCAGCCGCAUGGGGUCGAGCGCCGGCGGCGGGGGCGGGGGCGUUGCGGCGGCGGCGGCGGCGGCGGCGGCGCGCGAUGGCGCCGAGUGUGGCAAGGCGACGGUCGGCGGAGAGGGGCCGAGGGUCGCAGGGCGGGCGGCGGUGCUGGAGGAGGGGCUUUUGGGGUAG